AGCUGCCACAAGGCAAUUUUCACUUUCUCACAAUUCUGUUUCAAUUUUUUUCUCGCUCAAAAAAAAUCAAAAAUUAACCCAAAAUCAAAAAUAUACACUUACACUGACCACAACAAGACAAAAUACCGAACAACAAAAUAACAAACCCAAACAAAGAAAAUAAAAAGAAAACAGAAAGAAAGAUAAGGAGAAAUCGAGCGAGGGGCACAUGAACAGAUCGAAAUCCAAUCCGAUUCAAUAUAUACUGUUCUAUCUUUCAUCGCUCACCCACUUUUCGGCUGGCAAUUAAAAUUCGUUCAUAGAUAAAACACCCAACAGAGUGAUCAACAUAAUUGAGAGCAAACAGAGCCCCCAGCUUCCUUCCCUUGAGCUUAGACCCUGAUCCUCGAUCCCCCGAAAUACCGAAAUACCUAAUUACCGAAGGGAAGGGACGGCAGCAGCAGCGGCUCCAUCUACCAGAAAAGAAAAGACCCAGGGCUCGUACCACCCACUAUAAACCUAAUCGAAUCAAUUCAACAUCCAAUCCCAAAGCCUGACAUUUCGAAAAUCUCGUAGUAGCGAAGUCAACCGAUGAAAGUCGAACCGAAAGCCGCAGAAUUGGAAACCUAAACGGAUCAAUAGCCUGGACAGAACAUAGAAUUUAGGAGCAUCAAUAGCAUCUCAAUUUCAAACAGCUAAAACUGACAUCCUACAAAGCAAUCGAUGAGCAGCAAAUCAGCCAACAGAUAGUCGUGUCCUAUUAGAUCUAUAACUCUUUUUUUUGGCCCAAUUGACACCAAAACAAACAAAAAAAACACAAACCACAAAUGUAACUUUUUUUAGAAGCCCACAAAAAGGACGAGUUUAAAACCGCAACGCACAACCAAGUUUCGAGCAAAAAAGUUUAAAUUAAAACGCCCAAAAAACGUAAAAGACAAAACCCGUGAAAAAUUAAAAACAAAAAGAAAUGCUAACGCGACUUUAAUACAAAUCCACUAACAAACGCUUGCUAAACGCUUUUUUCCCGGUUCAACAGAGGUCAGCAAAAGUUUCGACUCGGCAAAAAGAAAAAAUUACCAAAAAAACAAACGUGAAUACAAACGUAAAAUCCGUCAAGGACAUGAUUCAAUCGAGUAAUUAAGCGCGCAAAAUUCAAAAAGUCAUCAUUCCACACGUAACACCCGAAACGUAAAAGAGUUGAAGCAGGAGUAAAAGAAGACAAGCUGAAAAAAUACAAAUUUAUAAAAGAUCAAUUUCGAAAGGUCCGAUUCGCGUUUUCGAAAGCCAUUUUGAAAUUCUAAAGUGUUCAAACAGCGAUUUUUGCAAAAGUUCGGUUCAGGCAGCCAGUCAUAAGCUAUUUCCAACGAGAUAUUUAUAUUGACCCCGGCAAUAUAUAUAUAUAUAUAUAUAUAUAUCCGAUCGACUCACCUACCCCGAAGGUAAACUUCAAAAACACACGCACACUCAACCAAAAGAGCUACCGAAAAUGGCAUCCGAACUGGAUCAAUUCGCCGACCUGGAACUCUCAAAGGAGGAUCGUGAACAGAUCUUCGAUCCGCCACUGGAUCGACAGCAGUUGGAAGGUGCUGGCACCUCAAGUGUUACGACAUCAAAAAUCUUAAUAAGCGGCAUACCGAUGCAAACACGUUUCGAAGACAUCGAACCGCUACUGAAGCCCUAUGGCAUCGUCAAACAGUGUGAGGCUAUUUCUAGUAAGGAUCAAAAUACUCAAACAGUACAUAUAACAUUCGAAAAUCCUGAGCAGGCGCAAAGAGCUGCUGGUGGUCUAAACGGUGUCGAGUUCGAAGGAAGCAAGCUGCAUGCCGAGCAGCUGGACAAGAACCAGCGGCGUAGCCAGCGCAACCAGCGCAAUCCGUAUCCGGGGAUGCCCGGCCCCGGACGCCAGGCGGACUUCCCGCUACGCAUCCUUGUGCAGAGCGAGAUGGUGGGUGCCAUUAUUGGCCGCCAGGGCAGCACCAUCAGGACGAUCACACAACAGAGCCGUGCUCGUGUCGACGUUCACCGCAAGGAGAACGUUGGCUCGCUGGAGAAAUCUAUCACGAUCUAUGGCAAUCCGGAGAACUGUACAAACGCCUGCAAACGCAUCCUAGAAGUGAUGCAGCAGGAGGCCCUCUCCACGAAUAAGGGUGAAAUUUGCCUUAAAAUACUCGCCCACAACAAUCUGAUUGGACGGAUCAUUGGCAAGUCGGGCAAUACCAUUAAACGGAUCAUGCAGGACACCGAUACGAAGAUCACCGUCAGCUCGAUCAACGACAUCAACAGCUUCAACUUGGAGCGCAUCAUCACGGUCAAGGGAUUGAUUGAGAACAUGUCGCGUGCUGAGAACCAGAUUAGCACCAAACUGCGCCAAAGCUACGAGAAUGAUCUGCAGGCGAUGGCGCCGCAGAGCCUCAUGUUCCCCGGUCUCCAUCCCAUGGCAAUGAUGUCGACACCGGGCAACGGCAUGGUCUUCAAUACGAGCAUGCCGUUCCCCUCGUGUCAAAGCUUUGCCAUGUCCAAGACCCCGGCCAGUGUGGUGCCACCGGUGUUCCCCAACGACCUGCAGGAGACCACCUAUCUCUACAUACCGAACAACGCUGUCGGCGCCAUCAUCGGCACCAAGGGCUCGCACAUCCGGAGCAUUAUGCGCUUCUCGAACGCAUCCCUCAAAAUAGCCCCCCUCGACGCCGACAAGCCGCUGGACCAACAAACGGAGCGCAAGGUGACGAUUGUUGGCACACCGGAGGGUCAGUGGAAGGCGCAGUACAUGAUCUUCGAGAAGAUGCGCGAGGAGGGCUUCAUGUGUGGCACGGACGAUGUGCGCCUCACAGUUGAAUUGCUUGUGGCUAGCUCUCAGGUGGGUCGCAUUAUUGGCAAGGGUGGCCAGAAUGUGCGCGAAUUGCAGCGCGUGACGGGCAGUGUGAUCAAGUUGCCGGAGCAUGCCCUUGCACCGCCGUCGGGCGGCGAUGAGGAGACACCAGUGCACAUCAUUGGACCAUUCUACAGCGUACAGUCUGCACAGCGACGCAUCCGAGCCAUGAUGCUGUCGACAAAUCCGCCGCCAAUAACCAAAAAACAGAAAGCUGCCAAAGAACAAUUGCAACAACAGCAACAGAGCCUCGCCGGAGCUGCGACCAGCGGGUCCCAGCAGCAGCAGCAGCCACAGUCGCCAUCGCAACAGCAGGCGCUGCCGCCGCAAUUGCAUCAUCAGCCUGUGUCAUCGGCGUCGUCAUCGUCGACGCCGCCUGCACACCAUCAGCAGCAGGCGUCGACGGCAGCGACCUCACACCAGUUGCAACAGCAGCAGCCAUCGCCGCCGCCACCUGGCAAUGCAACUGCGGCCGCAGCCCAGCAGCAGCAGCAGCUGGCGAGCUCACAGCAGUGAGCGGGAACCACCGAUGAAGGAGAACCGGCGCCGCAGCAGCAACACUAAUAGCAGAAACAUCAGCAACAGUAGCAGCAGCAGCACCAGCAGCAGCAGUAACUGCAACAGCAAACGCAACAUCAACGGCAGCAGCGACAGCUCCAACAAUAGCCAAGGCAGGGUUUUCUACUGUUGAUACUACCUCCACAACACACCCGUUAUCUUCAAUCCCCCAAGAACCACCCCAUUAUUUACAACCCUAUAAUUACAAGCUAACCGUAGGCGCCACCUUUGUGCUGGCACAGGCGACGGCAAAAGUAAGCAAACAAUCUGGAGCAGAAACAUAAACAAAAUCAUACAUAUAUAGUGACCCGCGCAAAGAAGCUCUACUAGUUCAUAACGAGUGUAUUGCAACUUUAACAAGAAGAACAGCAACAGUCACACAGCAAGAAUAACCAUAACACCAUUCUUCAUUUGCAUACUAAGAAAUAAAGAGAAAAAGUAAAUAGAAAGCGAAAUCGAUCACCCAUAACACUAAACACCCCGCCCCGACUUUGUGUUGUUGUUUAGAUAGGAGUAAACUUUUGUGUCGGCUGAGAAAUACGGCACCGCCCAAAAGUUCUCUUUUCCAAGGCAAUUGCCGUACAUCUAGAAAUAUUCAUAACUUUUAUAUUUAAACAAUAUUUCCAACAACAACACAAAGAGUCACAGGAACUAAAAAGAAAACCCACAAAAUUACCAACCCACAAUUUUAAUGCAAGAAAGGAAAUUAAAGGAUAAAGAAGGAAAGUUUAGUAGUGUAUGCGUUAUAUUUUUUUUAAAUAUAUUUAACUAUAAAACGUUUAUUUUUAAUUAUUUUUUUUAACAAAGAUUUAGUAAGCUUAUAUUUAAGUGAAAAGAAAAGAAGGAGAAAAGUGAGCAAAGCGCAAGAGAACGAGAUUGAGAAUCAAGAAAAUAAGGGGAUAAACAAUUGUUUAUUCCCAAUUCAACCGAAAAUUGUGUACAAGCAAAAAUUAUAACCAAGGAAAAUCAAAAAAAAUUUUAAAAAAACAAUACAGACAUGGAAAACAACAAAAGCGUCAAAAAACACAAAAAAUACUAAUUUUGAGCCCACAAUCCGAAACAAAAAAGGUGAACAACGUUUCCAACAAACACUAAUUUCUGAGUUCUAAAAAUCAGUUGAUAAAGUUAUGUGUACAAUGUGCAACAGUUGAAGCAACUGAUGGCGCCCCACUGUUAUACGUAGCAUAACAGACCUAAACCCAAAACCCAAACCACCAAAAAAACAACUAUCUAUGUAUACAAUAUCGUUAAGAGCUGUACUGGAUGGAUUGAUGGAUGGAUGAGUGUGUAUAUUGGGACUAAAUCGAUAGGAAGGGAGUUGGAUGGAACAAAAAAUGCCAGAAAGAGCAAUGUACUGUACAGCUGUAAAAUAGUUUUUCGAUGCUUGAAAAGUUGUUUGUAUGGAUAGAUACGAAUACCAGUCAUUUUUUUUGCAAGGAAUGGAGUUACAAGAAUUGUUGAUUAUACUUAGUGCGAAAGCAGCGGAAGGAGAAGAAGGAGUAUGGAAGGAUAAGAACGCUAUAGCAAAUGCAAGAGCGAGAGAUAGUGUUAAAAAAAAACUAUUGUAAUGUGUUUGCCUUGAAAUGAAAACAAAACUAACUAGAAAUGAAAUAACGGUGCUGAAAUGUUAAUUUUUUUUAAUCGAUCGUUAACGUUAAGUGUUACGUUAUAACGUUUGAGCAUGUAUGAGAGACAAGCUGUUAUACAUGGAUGGGACACUGCACUACACAACAACAUAACCCAGCCAAUCCGAACCCAAAUCAAAGUCUAAUUCAUAGCCACAAAGCAAUCAAAACUGAAGGAUGCAUUUUGUAGAAGUCGUAAUCGUAGCGUAAACAGACAAUAUAUAAACAUUAACCGUAUGACCAAACACCAUAGCUAGAGGCCGCAACCCAAGUAACUGAAUCGGAGCAACAAACAAUCAAACUACAAUCUACCCCAGCCAAAACAAGCAACAAUAGCAAUAGCCCAAUUUUGUGUUGUUUUGAAAUAGCUAUUAUCUAAUUAUUAACUAUAUUUUUUUGUAACGUAAAUAUUAAACUUAUUGCUAUUCCAUAGAAUUAAUGUUACGAAGUAGUUGGACGGACAAACAGUCAACCAAAUCAAAUCAAAUCAAAGCCCCAAUCCCUAGCGAUCCAACCCUUUUGUUUGUAUAACACUUGCUUCGGAGGCAGACAGUUUAAAAACACCACAUACAAAUCAAGGCAAAUUCAACAUUUCGGCAAAAAACAAAAA